UGAAGGGGUGUUGCUUCCGGCGGAAGUGGCGCAGUAACGGUUGCAGGUGUAAAUCACUAGCCAAACUUUCGCUUUUCUCUGAAAACCUAGUGAUUAUGGCGACGUUUUUCGGUGAAGUUUUGUCUGUGUAUUCUCGGGCCGUGGAGGAAGAUGACGAGGACCGCGACGAAAACGAAGAAGAUGAACAAAUCCGCAGAGAACUGGAGGAAAAGAGGGAGGUUCAUCUGCACUGGAGCCCUGAAGUCUCUGAAUCGCUGACGUCCGGAAACAAGUUGCAGUGUUCAGACUUCAUCCUCGCUGUGGGACACAACGCUGCCAGGUUUCUGUCAGUGUACGUUCUCACCUCUGCAAACUGGGAUGCAGUUGGUCAUGCAUCAGUGUGGAACGAGAGGAGCCGGGCUGUAACUGGACAAACCAGUGAGGAGUCAGCAUGUGUUUUCUACAGACACAAGGACAACCCAUCAGUUUUGAUAUGCCAAGUGACUUGCUACAUUGCAGAAGACCAGCUUUUUCAGUGGACAGAAAAGGUUUUUGACUGUCUGCAGCACAGAGAGCUGAAUGUGACUGUGCUGUCAGAUAGCUCUGUGGCUGAGUACAAAACAGCCGACUAUCUGUGCUGUAGCUCCGCUCCCUUCCUGCGCUCUCUACACACCAGUGCUUUCAGUGAUCAGCCUGUCUGCCAGCCACUGCAGCAACCCAACAUAGUUACUGGACUUCCAGCUGCAGUACUAAACCACUGCGAGGUCCACCGCAUCGCCACUGUUGUUUACCAGUGUUACAGUGAUAUCAUCGGCCCUGACUCUGUCACCAUGGAGACCUACAAGCCUGCACUAACCAAGCUUGGCAAGUCCAUACAGUUGGACCCGUCUCCGAGAACAGAUGUCCUCCGCAAGUUUGUCAGAACGACCAACAUUCAGAGUAAUCUGUAUAUCUGAAAAUGGCCAUGUUGCACACUACGCAGUGCAAUUUAAUUCUAUUUUCCUGUGGUAAAAUACUGUCAUUUUUUAAUAAAGAAUUUAAGUAAAGAAA